ACAAACUGUCAUCAUCAGCUGGGCAACAGCAUAAUAUUUUCGGCUGCUUGGUCUGUUCUCGUUUUGUAAGGGAUUCACUCCAUUUGUUGAACUAAUAAUCCAAAUAAAAUGUGGUUUGAAGUCUUACCAUCGGCUGCCAUCAUCACUGUGGCCUUGUCCAUUCCCACAUACGCCAUGUAUGGCCUGCAUAAGCUCGUCUUGGGCAAUGCCUACCGCCGGAAUUUGGAUGAGCGUUUCGAUCGUGUUAUGUACUUGCGCGACAGACGACUAACCGAUAAUCCCUACAAAAUGAAUGGUUUGGAGCAUAUUCCCGAGGCAUAAUUUAAUUGAAUUUUCGAAUUCGUAGCUUAAUUCACAAAUGUGAUGUGUGUUAAAUUAAAUAACUUUCAAAUCGAUUAAAUAAAAACAUUUCAAAAUAAAAACUAAAACAAACAUUGCA